GGUGAUUCACGCAUGUCAAACAGAUAUCGGAAAGUGUUUAUUUAGUACAACAUUUGGUGCCAUAUGAAGAGACAUCAUGUCAUCCGCCUGGUUGGCCAAUGGCCGUACCCUGAUAAUGGGUAGGACUCCUAGCCAGCCCAUCAUAGACGGUUGCCUCAGGCAACGAUCACCCCGCCUGCAAGGUGGACUGCCUCGCUUCUUGAGGCAUUAGCCCUUUGCCGUACAUUCAUCUUUGGCAAGCACAGCACAGCCUCGGAGGCAACAAUUGGCCCAUCCUUUAAUUAAUCAAUCACAAUCUUACCACAAGCCUGAUCCUUUCAUAAUACGGUCCGACCCCACCUGGCAGGCUUCAGUCUUCGCGUGCUACAACAAGUCAACAAUGUCUAGCAAAGCUGAGCUUUCCGGAGGCAACUUUACGUCCACACAUCAUUCUACGACCUACGACUACAUUUCGCCACUUAAGCUAGAUUUAAGCGGUAAACAUGUUCUGAUCACUGGCGCCGCUUGGGGAGACGGCGUAGGAUAUGCCACAGCUACGGCUUUUGCGCGUGCAGGAGCGUCUGCGAUAGCCGUAGCUGACCUACAUGGCGUGUCCAGCGAUCUAGUCGUGCAACUAAAGUCGGCUGCAGUACAAGCCGGUCGUCCUGAGCCUAUGGUUUUAAGCUGCAUGGUUGAUAUCACAAGGCGAGAUAGUGUUCAAGCAAUGCAUAGCACAGUGUCGCAGGGGUUUUGUGGGCGUUUGGAUAUUGUCGUGAACAACGCAGCCCAUAUGGAACCAUACGAGCCAUUCCUUGAUUCAGACCCGGAUGUGUACUGGCGAACAUAUGAAGUUAACGUUCAUGGACUAUUCAACAUGGCGCGCGCAUUUCUCCCCAUGCAACUGUCAAGCCGUUCUAACACUAAUAAUAGUUCAUACAUAAUGAUCAAUGUAGCCUCUUCAGGCGCAUUAAACGCUCGGUCUGGGAGCGGGAGUUACCGAAGUUCAAAGCUUGCGAUCUUAAGGUGGACUGAGACCUUACAGUUGGAAUAUGGCGAAAAAGGACUUUUAACAUUUUGUGUGAAUCCAGGCGCGAUUAAGACAAAGAUUAGUGAGGGCGUAUUGCCGGGCAUGGUGCGGGAUGGAUUUCCUGACUCCCCAGAUAUAGCUGGCGAUACAAUUGCAUGGUUGGCUGCCGAGCGCAGGGAGUGGCUAAGGGGAAGAUACGUGAGCUGUCCAUGGGAUAUGGAGGAGCUCAUGAAGAACAAGGACGAAAUCGUGGAGAAAGACAAGCUUAAGAUGAGAAUGGUCUUUUAA